AUUCAAAAAAAAAUAAUUAAAAGAUUUCUUUUACCAUCAUCAUUGAAGGUACAUAGCGGGAUGGAGAAAAUGGCGGGAAAAGAGAAAAAGAGGUAAAGAAAAUCGAUAAGAGUAAGGGAUGGAAACCCUAGCCAUUCUUGAAGAGCUCCAAUCUCUCGUCUCCGAUAAACUUCAAGUGGUUUCGUAUAAGUGGCUUAGUCGCAAUUUUUCGGUCUCAUCAAAUGCUGCAAAGAGGUUGCUUCAACAAUUUGCUGAGGAACAUAAAAAUGGUGUUGAAGUAGUAUAUGCUGUGUCUGGCUGGGUGAAAAACAAUCCGCAAACUUACCAUAUAACCCUUGUUUCUGCACACAGACUCCAAGAGGCUAGAGAAGAGUUUGACGGAAAUUGCUCAAUUCAUGUCUAUAGUGUACAAGCUGCUAUCCCAAAGGAUCCAGCUGCACUUUGGAAUGAUGAAUUUGUACAAGCAGAAGAGCUCUUUAAGCAGCCCUCUGUGGUUGAAAAUUGUUUAAGGGAUAACAGGUUCUGUGGGGUUUUUAAUCCUUUUGUUAAGCGCAACGUUGCUGGAACCGCUGUUAAUGCUGCUUCACAAUCUAAAAGUUCGGGCACCCCAGGGCCAUCCAGAAGUAGUUCUGCUCCUGAUAACAUUAAAGAUGUACAUCAGCAAAUUAAAGUUGAGCAAUCAGGUCCAAAAGCCGGUAAGCAAUCUACCGUAUUGGUGAAAGAUGUUAAACCUGAAAGUCAUGGGACAGAAGAUCAAUUAUCCAAGCCCGCUCUUCAUGGUGGAAAAGUACCUCUUGUGUCUGCUAAUGAAAAGAAAGGACAGGUUGAUAAAAAUCCCACUUCACUGACAAGCCUAUGGGGUCGUGCGUCGGAGAAGUCAAAAGUUACUUCUGCAGUAAACAAUAACAGUCUCAUUACGAAUCCUACUGCCAGCGCAGAAGCGCAAAUUGGUGCAUGUGAGGCAUUAGAAGAUCUGAGCAGUGAUGAUGAAGCUAGAGAUGUCAACUUUAAGUGCAUUUCUAAUGGCAAAGGGGGUAGAAAAAGGAGAGUAAUUUUUCAUGACUCGGAUGAUGAGAAUGAGGAUACAGUCAGCCUAGCAACACCAGAUCCUCCAAAGGAGAAAAUCAAUAAAAUUUUGCUUUCUGAGAAACCCAAUGUCAAUGGCCUAACAGAUGAUAAACCGAUAAUUAAGGAAGAAAAAUCAAUUGAUAAAGCACCUGAUAAAGAUCCAAGAGAAACUUCUUUUGCUCCCAGCAGGAGUAUCAACUCUAAAGAUGCUUCCAGAGAGAAGGUACAUAACCAUAGUACUAAGGAUGACGGUAAUGCAAAUAUAGCUACUAGUGCUGUCCCAGGUUCACCCAAAAGGAGGAAAGUAUUAAGGACCCGCAUUGAUGAGCGUGGUAGAGAAGUAAAUGAGGUGGUCUGGGAAGGGGAAGAUACAGACACAAAUAAAGCAGACUGUAACUCAACGAAGAAUGCAGACAGUAACUCAACGAAGAAAGUUGAAAGUAAUCCAAUCGCGAAUACUGUGAAUAACAGGGGAGCUGCUGCAGCUAAGAAGUCUCCAACGGUGGCUGCAUCAAAUCCAGGAGGUAAAGCAGGGAACAAAAAGAAGGACCCUAAACAAGGCAAUAUUUUGUCAUUCUUCAAGAAAGUUUGAACUUUGUUCUCUUUUUUUUUUUUGAUCCCUCUACUCCUUUUGUUUAGCAAUACUUGUAUGCUUAGAGCAUCACAGUGGGAUGCUCUUACCGGUUAUCAUUGAGCUUUUUCCACUGUGGAGCUUGGGGAAAAGCUCAAUAAGAAUCGAGCGGUUGGUACUUACCAACCGCUCAAUUCUGGAAAGCUGAGUUUAAUGGAAAGCUGAUGUCAUUUUAUCAGACUCAAAAACAGUCUAACGACUGUGGAUGCUCUUAGUGUGAAGUUCAUAUUCUCAAUUAUACCAUUUCCUUGCAUUUUUUAA